AUGCCCCUGAUGGGCCCCUUUGUACCCACCAUGUACUGCCUCAGCAGGAGCAGCUGUCCCCUCGGCACCGCAGACCCCCUCUCCGUGGUCUGCAGCCUCCACUCGCCAACAGCCGAGCCCUUUCCGCUGACCCCAGCCCUGGCCCCACAGCCCACGGCCCUGCAGGCGGUGAGCUUGGUGGAUCGCUUGGCAGAGCUGCUGCUGGAAGCUCACUACCGGCUGCCCCAGAAGCAUCGCCGCAGCCGUACUGCCUUCACGGUCCACCAGCUGGAGGCGCUGGAGAGAGCCUUCGAGAAAACCCACUACCCUGACGUGGUGACCCGGGAGCAGCUGGCCGUGUUCGUCAACCUGCCUGAGGCCAGGGUCCAGGUCUGGUUCAAGAACCGCCGAGCCAAGUUUCGCAAGGGGCAGCGCCGUCAGCUGGAGAAGGCCAAGUCUGCCAGUCCCAAGGGCGGAGACGGAGCAAAGGGACGCCUCUUGCCGGAGCCGAGACUCCGGCCAGCAACAGAGGGCAGUGCCCUGGGAGCGGAGCAUCGCCUUGUCCCUCCAAGGAAGGUUCCCAGCUCUGCAGAGCCAGCACCCCAGUGUCUCCAGCAGGCCCCUUCGCCAACACCCAGGGCUCAGCUGCUGGAUGGGAUGUGGCUGGACUGCGGAAGGAGGAGCGACCCAAAACUGUGGCACCUGCCUUCACUUUCCUUCCCCACCUAUUGGCAAGCUUUGUAGGGAUCCCAGGCUUCGUGCUGUGAUUGCAGGAGCCUCUGCCUGCUGUGUGCCAGGACCUAGGCAGGGUAUAUCUGCCCCAGUGCCAGGCUAUGCCAGCUCACCCAGCUGCCACCUGCAUGAGUGCCUUCUCGUGCAUCCCACCCGUCUUAAACCCAGGGAGUCCUGAGCUGGGCUGUGACAUGCACAGGACAUGGGCUGGUGCCCGGUGGUGUGAACUCUGUCCCAGCCCAGAUCCCAACACCUGUGUGUGUAGGGGGAGCCCCUCUCGAGACCUUGUCUCAGGGGCAAGGUGGGAGGCAGCAGG